GUCCAGGGAUGGGACUGGAAUGCAGAGUGGGGAAAAGUGUUGAAUGGGGAGAAGCAGCAGGGCUGGGAGGCAGCCGGGUGGGGAAGGUGGGCGCGAAGCAGGAUGAGAGAGCUCAAAUGAAGCAAGCGGGAAGGGUGAAGGACACGCAGCUUCCCCGCGAUGCUGACUGGCAAUACAACCCCUGCCCUCGCCGCCACCCAAACCCUCACGCCGGUCCCCGGGCCCCCUGCGGCGCCCGCCACAGGAGGGGGCGGCAGCGGCGGCUUUGCUCCCGCUCCAGCCGGGAAGGCUUCGCGCCCAGAGCCGCCCUCCCCGGCCCCGCCCGCCUCACCUGCGGCGGGGGGACACCGGGCAGGGCCGGGCAGGCCCGGGCGAGGCUCCCCCGUCACCCCCCGGCGGAGGCGGCGCGGGGCGGAGCGGCCCCGGCACGCGUGGGAGCGGAGCGGGGCGGGCGGCAGCGGCGCUUUGUCCUGCCCACACACACAGACACACGCAGCGCAGCCGGGCGGGAGCCGGCAACAUGGCCGGGCCGGCGGAGGGGCUGCCCGGGUAGCGCCGCGGGGACCGGCGCUGCCAGCGGGGCGGUGCCGCCGCCCGAGCCCCCCGGGAGGAUGAGUGAACAGAGUAUUUGCCAAGCCCGGGCUUCAGUUAUGGUCUAUGAUGAUACCAGUAAGAAAUGGGUGCCAAUCAAACCUGGACAGCAGGGAUUCAGCAGAAUCAACAUAUACCACAACACGGCCACAAACACCUUCAGGGUAGUUGGAGUUAAACUGCAAGAUCAACAAGUAGUGAUUAAUUACUCAAUUGUGAAAGGACUGAAGUACAAUCAAGCAACACCUACCUUUCAUCAAUGGCGCGAUGCUCGGCAGGUCUAUGGCUUGAAUUUUGCAAGCAAAGAAGAGGCUACCACGUUCUCCAAUGCAAUGCUGUUUGCUCUGAAUAUCAUGAACUCACAAGAUGCAGGUCCAGCUGCCCAGCGCCAGGUUCAGAAUGGGCCAUCUCCAGAUGAGAUGGAAGCACAAAGAAGGCAAGUGAUGGAGCAACAGCAACAGCGCCAGGAAUCUCUGGAAAGAAGAACCUCUACCACAGUUUCCACCCUUCAGACAAGCGUGUGCUCUCCCUCCUCUCAGCCCCAGUCUCCUCCUCCCACCUGCAGUGACUGCAGUGCUCCUGUUGCUGCUGAGCCCUUGCCACCACCUCAUGCCAGUGCUGUCUCUUUGACACCUGCUGUCCCUGAGCCCACUAGUCAAUCCUCUUUCAGGUCCCUGCAGAGAGACAGAGAGAGCCUGCAGCUCUUGCACAGGCACUCGGCCUCUGAGCUGCCAACAACUCCAGCUUCCUCCCCUCCAGCCUGCCCAAACCACAGGAUCAUAACGCCAGGCAUCAGGCGAACCUCACUGUCUCCUCCACCUCCUCAUCCUUCCCACUUUUCCUUUGCCUCUUGCCAGCCUCUGAGGCGCUCUUCUCUUUCCUACUCUCCUUGGUCUUCUGCUUCCUCCGCCACAAACACACCGCCUCUGCAGAGGGGUGAUGUCCUGCAGCCACGUGGCCCUACCAUCCUGCCUGUGAUUCCUGUCCUGCCUGACAGGGUCAGGGGUCUCGCAGAUAAAGCAGGCCAGGAGACCUCAGCAAAUGUACCUCUGAAUGGCCAUCCUGAAGAACAUAUUGCAUUGGGCGCCUCUGGGACCCAGGUGAAAAGCAUGGAUGGGUCCUUCUUUCCACACCUAGGAGCUGCAGCCUCCUUCCUGCUGCCCACUAUUGCCAGCCCACCCAGCUCCUGUGGCCAUAUUCCCUCCCCGUCAUCCCAUCCAUUGUCUUGGCCUCCACAGCAGUGCUCUCAGCCCGUGUCACAUUGUCUUCCAUUGCCUCCCCCUCACGCUGCUGUGUCUGAGGUGACUAUGCCCAGGAGGACCCCUCCUUACAUGACUUCAUCAGCCAUUGCCCACUUGAGUAAGUACUGAUUUUGAAUGAGUUGCAACCUGUAUAAAGCUUUAGCUUUCAACUGUUUAAAAAGACCCAUUCACACUUCCCAUGACUGGUAGAAAAAAGGCUGAGACCUACAGCUAUCUUGAAACCAAGGUGAAAAAGUAUCGAAAUCACUCAGCACUGGUCCAGGGACCAUCUGAGCUAAAAGCAAGGCAAAAAGCAAGAAUUACAGGACCAAGGCCCUGUAGCUGGGUUGUUGCAAUGCAUAUUCCUACUGCAUUAGCCUGGAAGGAGAUCUUUGACAUUCAGCAGAAUCAAAUUGCAUUUGGCAGCAAGCUUAAUAUAGAGCCUAUAUUCAACUGGUCCAGACGUAGCAGAUGGGUUCUUCUGAAGCUGGAGGCCUGGCCUAUGGUAGACUUGUUGUCUGUGUGGCAAUACUGGCUGGAGGCCGGGUCUGUGGUAGACUUAGUGUCUGCAUAGCAAUACUGAUAGAGGUUGUGAUUUUUUACUCUUUUCCUUAAGUGUCGUUUCUGUUACCCAUAAAAGCUAAAACAUAGAUUUUGUUAUAGCUACUCAGAAUCCCCUGUGCUUGUGUAAUUUACUUCAUUCUAGAAACUCUCUUCCUGGUAUAAAUUGCAUUUAUAGUUGAGGGCUUGUCACUGUAACUAUUCCAGCAAACUUUUUUCGUUGCAGGCAGAUCAAGAGCUUGGGUCUGGCACUUGGCAUAUGGUCUUGAUUUUUAGUGCUCAUCUAAAGCCUGUGGAGUCAGAGCAGUUACUAGUAAUGACUAUUUGCAGUUCAGAUCAUACACAUUUUGUGAAUUGGAUCCAUUCCUGUUUAUAACCACAUAUAACGCUUAAAUGAUGUGCCUAGAAAAGGAAGAAGACUUAGACAUUUCCUUUCACUUUUUGCUAGAAGUAUUAUUGUAAGCACUGGAGGCUCAGUCCUUCCACUGAUAUAAGUCCUUGAAAUCCAUUUAGUUCAGUAAAGUUAUUUUAAAUGCGCAUCAGUCCAGUAUUUUGACUCAAUUCAAUUUUUGCCUCAGGCUGGCCUCUAAUUAGGUGGGUGUAGUUUUGCAAUUACAAUUAACUGUACCCACAAUGAAUUACUAGCUAUUAUGUUCAUGAACCAAAGAGGGCUUGAAACGUUUAAAAUAUUUCUAAUAGCAGCUACAGUUCAUUUCAAGAAUGGAAUCGGGAGUGUGAAAUAAUGGCAAAAGUAACCACAGCAAUAAGGCAGUAUUGUAAGAAAACCUAGAUAAAAAGGAAGCCAAGCAGCUUAUGUUAAAUACAGUUUCCAGGUGUUCCUCAGUCAAAACACCUGUCUUUCAAAAUAACAUUUACCAAAUUAUUGAACCUGUGAUCAUGUAUCAAAAGCAGCCUGUUCUGAGGGAAUGUUAUGUGAGGAAAUAGCCUCGAGGAGGUGGAUUUAUUCAACUGGCCUAUUACAGACAGGUGAAACACUACAACGGAGUUACUACAAUGGAGUUACUCACCAUCAGUCCCUCCAACAGGCUGCUGCUUUCAGGAGCCUUGCUGAACCUUGGGCUACUUGAAGUUUACUUUUCCCCCAUUAUUUUGCAAGACCAGCUGUGGCCAACAUGCUUUCUUUUCAACAGAAAGGAGGAUAUAUUGCUGUAGUCCAUGAUUCUGGUGAAAAGCUGAUGUUAAUAGAAGUCCACAGAGUUGGCUGAUGUAAUUUAUUAUCUCCAUGUGGAAAGAUAUGAGAGGAGCAGAAGAAGGUGCCACUUACUAGUUGGGAAGCAUUGUCUGUGUUUUUAUUUCAGCACAGAAUGAAGCACUAGCCCAGCCAGGGAGGAGGGAGAAGAGUAGCCUAUCUGUGACAGGAUCUCAUAGGAGGACAACUAUAGCUAAUUGUCUAUUGAUGCACCCACUAUUUCCCAUUCUUUUGCAUACUUGGUGAUUCCUUGUGUUGUGCUCUCAUCAUGCAGUCAGGUCAUGGCCUUGGAAUUUGGAACAUGACCUUGCG